CAGCUGAUGCUGCGGGCGCGAGAAAUGUUUUCUUAUCAGUGAAAUUUCGAAAUUUAUACAAUUUGUGUGUUUUUAAAGUGCAAUCAAAACAAGAAAUAGCUUUAACUAGAUGCCCGACAGCUCCAAAUCCACUUGCACAUCAUUCGCACAUCAUAUCCGCGUACAUAACUAAAAUGCAGACCGAGCUGGGCACCUUUUACAGAUUAUAAAACUGACUAAAACUGUGAAAAACAACUGUUUUUGAAUGAGCUAAGCGUUUGAAGGUGGUUUCACAACUCUGGAGGAAAGCAAAUGCCAGGAAGUAGUGACACACAGCGGCUGAUGGCCGCGGAUGAGGAUGACCAAGUCCUGGGCUCAGGGGGCAGUUUUGUGCCAGCCUUCCGGCCGCAGGAGCAACAGGAGUACGAUGAGAGAUGUCUCCUAGAACGACCCGAGGAUGAGGUGGUGCUGGUCUCCAACGAGCCCACCCGCGGACGACUGUUCACCUACAUUGUGUUCUACCUGCUGGGCAUUGGAACGAUGACGCCCUGGAAUUUCUUUGUGACAGCAGAAGAUUACUGGAAAUACAAGUUCCGCAAUACCUCAAUCAAUGGCACGGAUCCGGACGAAGAGCUCACCCCACUGCAGCGGAGCUUCACCUGCGAUUUGGCCCUCACGGCCACCAUUUCGGGCACAACCUUCCUGCUGCUGAAUGCCGUCUACGGACAUCAUGUCUCGCUGCGCCAAAAAAUGGUGGGCACUUUAUGGAUGAUCCUCAUUCUGUUUGGACUUACCACGGGCUUUGUGGAGGUCAAUACGGACAAGUGGCAGGAGCAGUUCUUCCUAAUCACACUCAUCAUUGUGGUGCUGCUUAACAUUUCUGCGGCUACCAUGUCGGGCGCUCUGUAUGGCGUCGCUGGCCUCUUUCCCUCCGAGUUCAUGACGGCCGUGGUCAGCGGUCAGGCUCUGGGCGGCAUACUGACAGCAUUGGCUUUUAUCCUGGUGCUGGCCUUUGACACGGGCCCCAAUACCACGGCCUUUAUUUUCUUCAUCGUGGGCGGAGGACUCAUCCUGCUCUGCCUGGUCUGCUAUGAGAUCCUGGCGCAUCAGCCGUUCUUCAAGUAUUACCUGGAGGGCGGCGAUAAGUAUAAGGUAAUCAGAGCAGUACCCGGGCACACUCGAAACGAUGAAGGAGAUGGGGAAGUAGUCCUGGAACCAAUAAUGCGUCAGGUGAUGUCCAAGAUCUAUGUGCAUGUGAUAUGCCUGGCGCUGCUGUACGCCACCACGCUAUCGGUGUAUCCGGCAGUUACAGUUCUAAUGCAGUCGGAGUACGGGCACAGCGAGUGGACAGAUGUAUACUACCUGCCCGUGGUCAACUAUCUGUUCUUCAACUGCGGCGACUAUUUUGGCCGCCUUUUUGCCGGCUGGCUGGAGCGACCCGUCAACCAAAACACCUCGCUUCUCCUUACCGUAGUGCGCAUGGUGUUCGUGCCGUUCUUUCUGUGCUCCAAUUCCAACGAGCACCGUUUUCUACCCGUUCUGGUGAAGCACGACUACUCCUUCAUAGCCAUGAUCAUAGUGUUUGCCUUAUCCAAUGGCUAUCUCACCAACAUUCUCCUCAUAAUGGCCCCCAAGAGCGUGAAGCAGCACGAAAAGCAGCUGGCUUCAUCCAUUAUGGCUGCUGCCCUCAGCUGCGGAAUGGCUGUGGGUUCUGUUCUCAGCCUGGUAUUUGUUCAGAUGCUGUGAUGAGUCUCCCGAUAGGUGCCUUAGGAAAUUGUAGAAUCUUUUAAGCUUUAAAAAUUGUAUGUUACCUGAUCUUGCUUCCAUAUCGGUAGAUUUAAGCCCCCUUAAUUUCAAUUUGCAUUUGUUUUACGUCAAAAUUUUGCCAUUAACCCCGAGAUUUUAUAUCCAUUUUUUUAUUACUCGUAACUAGAUUUAAGUAUGAAAGUUAAGAACGUUUUUAAAGCAAUAUGUAAAAGGCUGUACGAUAUUUCUUUGGUUUAACGUUUAUUUUUUAGUUUUUUUUUCUGCGGAUCACAACAACAAUGUGGAUUAUUUUUAUUUUUGUUUUCUUUCGAUAUUAUUCUUUGAAUUAACUAAUGAACGUAAUUGUAAACACCGACUGUUUUACUGCAAUUGAUUUUAAAAUGUACAUAUUUGUAAUUAACUUGUGUUUGUUUAUCGCCCUGUAGUGAUGGAAAAUAAAUCAAAUAGAAACCAUUAAAGUUAAAGCAUA